GCUCUGAUUCGCAGCUUGUCAGCGCUUCUCCUUUGGAUACAGUUUCCCGUCCUGAUCACCUACUGGUUCUGCAUGCUGCUCCUGGGCACCCUCUCCAGCAUCUACCGCGCCGUGGUACAUCAGGAGGUGAACGUUGCCGAGGCGCUGAAGGGCUUCUCGGCUCGCCUGCUGACCUACAGCAGCGCGUUUAUGGACCUCCGCGGCCGGGUGAAGGAGAACUCUGGGUCAGAUGGCCUCACGAAGAAAGCCGUCGCAGAGAGGCUCGGGAAGAUUUGCGAGGGUCUCGAGGUGGAAGAAGCAGCGAUUGAGAGCAUCAGCCACAUCAUCUUCAAUA